CAAAAAUAAAAAUAAAAACGACCUGCAUAAUUAUAUUGUACAUCGCGAAACAAAAUAUGUCCCUAUUUUCUUCCUAUACCAAUUUGCCAUCUCUUCUCCUUUCACCUGAAUCCUCUAGCUUUCUCUGAAAUAUUUUCAUACACGCAAAUUUUGUCAAUUUUGGCUGCUUAUUUUGCUUGAUUUUCAAUAUUACUACCAUUUAGUUGGGGAGAGGAAAAGAGAUGGAAUCGGAGGACGAGAUGACGGCGAUGAUGGAAGAUUCCAACGACGACGAAGAAAUCUAUGGUGAUGAUGAUUCAGACUCCAAUGGCAUCGUUAUGGACUAUGAUGGGUUCAUGGACCACGACUUAGACGAUUCCGAUGAUCUCUCCUCCUCCCAAAAUCUGCACUAUCAUCAUCGAUCGCAGAACUAUACUAUUUUAAAUGAAGAGGAUAUUCGGCAAUGCCAAGAGGAAAGUAUUACAAAGAUAUCUACAGUCCUCUCAAUUUCAAGGGUAGCUGCUGGCAUUUUGCUUCGCCACUAUAGCUGGAGUGUUAGUAAAGUGAAUGAUGAAUGGUUUGCAGAUGAAGAAAAUGUCCGUAAGACUGUUGGUUUAUUGGAUAAUCACAUCCCCCUUCCUGAUGCUAAAGAGCUAACUUGUGGGAUCUGCUUUGAAACAUACCCUCGGGAUAGGAUGAGUGCUGCUGCCUGUGGUCAUCCAUUCUGUGUUAUAUGUUGGCAAGGAUAUGUUGGCACAGCCAUUAGUGAUGGGCCUGGAUGCUUAAUGUUGCGCUGUCCUGAUCCAUCAUGUUGUGCAGCUGUUGGCCAGGACAUGGUGAAUCAGUUGGCUUCAUAUGAUGACAGAGAGAAGUAUAACCGCUACUUUUUAAGAUCAUUUGUUGAGGAUAAUAGGAAGACAAAGUGGUGCCCAGCACCUGGCUGUGACUAUGCUGUGGACUUUGUUGUUGGUAGUGGAAACUAUGAUGUCAAUUGCCGUUGCUCCUACAUUUUUUGUUGGAAUUGUGUUGAGGAAGCCCAUCGCCCAGUUGACUGUGGAACCGUGGCUAAAUGGGUUCUGAAGAACAGUGCUGAAUCUGAAAAUAUGAAUUGGAUAUUGGCAAAUUCAAAACCUUGUCCUAAGUGCAAAAGGCCGAUUGAGAAGAAUCAGGGUUGCAUGCAUAUUACAUGCACACCACCGUGUAAAUUCGAGUUUUGCUGGCUGUGUCUUGGUGCAUGGUCAGAACAUGGUGAAAGAACUGGUGGAUUUUAUGCAUGCAACCGUUACGAAGCUGCCAAACAAGAAGGAGCUUAUGAUGAUGCUGAAAAGCGAAGAGAGAUGGCGAAAAAUUCUUUAGAAAGAUAUACACAUUACUAUGAAAGAUGGGCUACAAACCAGUCUUCUAGGCAACGAGCAAUUGAGAAUCUACAUCAAAUGCAAACAGUACAUCUGGAAAAGCUAAGUGAUAUACAGUGCCAGCCUGAGUCUCAGCUUAAGUUCAUUAUAGAGGCUUGGCUACAGAUUGUUGAAUGUCGACGAGUUUUGAAGUGGACAUAUGCUUAUGGAUAUUAUCUACCUGAACAUGAACAUGCUAAGAAACAGUUUUUUGAAUAUUUACAAGGUGAGGCUGAAUCGGGUUUGGAACGACUUCACCAAUGUGCGGAGAAGGAAUUUCAGGUUUACCUCAACUCUCAAGGUCCUUCAAAAGAGUUCAAUGAUUUCCGAACAAAGUUAGCAGGAUUAACUAGUGUGACCAAGAAUUACUUUGAGAACCUUGUUCGAGCAUUGGAAAAUGGUUUAUCCGAUGUGGACUCCGGUGGCCCACGCAACCAAGCAAGUGGUAGCUCGAAAAAUCUAGCAAGUGGCAGUAGUAAAGGUAAAGGUAAUAAUAAGGGGAAAGGUACCUCUUCAAAGUCGAGCAGUUCUCGGAAUAUAGAUGAUUCAGGCCAUUGGUCUUGUGAAUACUGCACAUAUGCCAAUGUUAGCUCAUCCACCGUUUGUGAAAUGUGCCAACAGCGCCCAUAAGAAAGCACGUGUGCUUUUUUGAUCUGCUUUGCUUUGCUUGACUUGGCUUGGCUUGGCUUUAGUUUUGCAUAUAUGAAGUGGACAAAUAAUAUGAAGGGGGAAUUAAGAGAAAGAAAGAUGGAUGUUUACUGGCAAAAUGAUUUGCAAGAUAUGUUUGGUCUUUGUUGUCUUAUGCCUCUGUCUAGAAAAUGUGUAAUAAGCCAUUCCAAAUCACACAUGUGGUUCCAUGUAUAUUAUACUGUUAUUAUUUAUCUUUGUUAGGUGUUUUAGUGUUUAAUUAUGGAUCAAAUACCAGUUGACUGUGAUAUUGAUAUGUACUUAGGUUAUGUAUGCAUCUUGUGUUGUGAAAUGGCCAUACUCAUUGCAGUUCACUUGGUGUAUUACAAAUCAAAAUAUUGAACGAACAUUUUAUCAUCAUGGUCCUGACAGUUGUAUUUUCUUGCAUCUUUUUAUAUUUGAUGAUUCAAAAUUGGGACUUGGAAAGACUAGCAUUAUGC